AUGUUGUCAAGUUCCUUGCGCCGGGCGGCAUGGACCCCCAUGCCGCUACCUGGGAUAACUCGCUCUGGCCAGAAUGUUACCAGUAGCCUGCUGGGCGCGACCCGACCUUUGCACCAACGCCGGUAUUCCUCCUCAUCUUCCAAACCGCCUGUCCCACCCAGUGAUGGUCCCCGACGACUGGACACGACCCCGGCCAAGGGAGUGAACUCUUCUAGCGAGAAGAGCAAGGCUACUCGUCGCCGUGGGAAAGACAGCGCCACCCGACACGCAUCUUCAAAGUCCAGCCAGCAGCAUGCGGCAUUUUCCAACCUCCCGAGUGUCCCCUCCACACAGCACCGACAACCGCAUGGUAAGUGUUUGGUCUGCAUCUACCCUCAGUUCAGAUUUUUCCCCGCAAAGAACUACCCGAAGCUUACUUUUCUUUGUUCCUCACCAGAUGUUCAUGUGGCGUCGUUCUUCUCCAUCCACCGUCCAAUCUCGGUGACAACUACUGUGCCCCCGACCUCGAGCACUGAUGCCUUCGAAGCCAUCUUUUCUUCGAAGCGGCCUUUGAAGAAUGAGCCGGAAGACGUCAUUUUCACUCUUUCCUCGGCCGUCCAGAACAUGGAAAACGGCCCGCAGGGCAUGGCAGAGUCCGAAGAGCAGUUCCGAACCUUCAGCGAACAGGACGGCGAGCUCCGCAUGCUGGACGGACCCGAAGCGAAGAUGUCCGUGGAGGAAUACACCCGCCGUCUUCGACCCUUCCAACCCCCUCCUCCCCCAGUCCCUAUGGACGCAUCCGCCAUCGAGGCCGCCCAGUCCCAAAACGCCCAUGUCGACAACGAGUUCCAGACCUUUUCCACCGUCCUGACGAUCCGCGAGGCUCGCGGCGCUGAUGGUCGCAAGACCUACGAGGCGCACACAGGCCCGUUCGUCCGCAGCGAAGAGAUGGACGAUCCAUCCAGCGUGCACGACGAGAUCUCCAUCGAGGCUCCCGCCGAUUCCACCGGUGCGACAUACAUGGAGCGGUUGCGCAACAACCGUACCAUGCAUGCCCUUAGCACAAAGCGAAGACGCCAGGCCAAGAUGAAGAAGCACAAGUUCAAGAAGCUGAUGAAGAGAACACGUACCCUGAGACGGAAACUCGAUAAGACUUAA